AUACCCGUCGCUAUAUAAAAGUGUUUAGAACCACACAAAGGUCCUUCAGUGACACUUUGAGAGAGCAAUCAUCAACAUAUUCCCUCUAUCUCAAAAACGCGCUCCAUUCGAUUGUGGUCAUUCGCCCCAGCUUAACUUAAAAAAAAAUAUCAAAAACACAACAAAAAAAAAGUUAUGGUUAAGAGUUUACUUUUCAUUCGAAACGUGGCCUUAUUCCUUCUUACCCUGCCACAAUUCAGCCAAAGCCUACGCUAUUCGGGCCAGGGCAAUGGCGAUGAAAAUUGCGAAACUCUUCAGUCGGAAAUCCAUAUCAUCAAAGAGGAAUUCGAUGAGCUUGGCCGAAUGCAGCGAACCUGCAACGCUGACAUAAUGGUCAAUAAAUGCGAGGGUUUGUGUAACAGUCAAGUGCAGCCAUCUGUAAUCACGCCUACAGGCUUUUUGAAGGAAUGCUAUUGCUGUCGUGAAAGCUACUUGAGGGAGAAAGUCAUCACCCUAACCCAUUGCUAUGAUCCCGAUGGCACUCGACUCAAUGAUCCUGGAACAGCCACCAUGGAUGUCCUUUUGCGUGAGCCGACCGACUGCAAGUGCUUCAAGUGCGGUGACUACACAAGAUAAUUGAAUUUGUUUGUUAAAAUAAAAUUGAUU